AGUAUGGUAUAGUCAUGUUUGUAUACAAAAUUGCGUGAAAUUCACCGAAAUCCAAGCAGCCAUGUGGACCUUCAGUCCACCAUCCCUGCGCUUUCCACCCUCCCAUCCCCGUGCUGUCCCUGCCUCCGCCUCCGCCUCCGCCUCCGCCACUACUGCCCACACCACCUCCACCACUACACAUGAUCCCACACUCCAAAUCGAAACCGUAAUAAAGGAGGACAACCUCCCCCAAGCCCUCCGCCUUCUCUCCAAAACCCACACUCCACUAUCCCAACGCGCUUACCACCACCUCAUCCAGGCCUGCGCCAAGCGCCGCUCCCUGCACCACGGCCUCACCGUGCACGACCAUCUCUCCUCCCAUGGCUUCGAGCAUGAUCCCUUCCUCGCCACCAAUCUCAUACACAUGUAUGCAGAUUGCCACCGCCCGGACCUCGCAAGCCUUGUCUUCUCCUCCUUUUCGCUCUCCUCCAGAACGCUCUUUCUGUGGAACGCGAUGCUUCGAUGCUUAUCUCUCUCUCCUGAAACACAUGAAAAUGCUCUCUCUCUCUUCCACCAAAUGCUCGACAAUGGCCUUCCCAUCGACCAAUUCACGUAUCCUUAUGCAAUUAAGGCUUGCUCGACGCGCUACCAUGUGCGAGAGUUCCACGCAUGUGUUGUGCGUCGGGGAUUUGACCUCAAUUUCUAUGUCGCCACCACUCUUCUCGAUGUGUAUGCAAGGCUGGGGCUUGUGGACUAUGCACUGCGAGUGUUUGAGGGAAUGCCAGUGCGGACGGUGGUAACAUGGAGUGCAGUCAUGGCAAUGUAUGUUUGCGAGGGGCAGGCAGAGGAGGCACUAAAGAUGCUCAGAAUCAUGGUCUUGGAGACCGACGGUCAGCCAAACGCAGUCACAAUGUUGAGUGUGCUUCAGGCUUGUGGUGCUCUCUCAGCCCCACAAACAGGAAAAUCGAUCCAUGCCUAUGUAUUAAGAAGACAGCUUGUCUCAAUCACUUCGACAAAUAACUCUCUCAUAUCUAUGUAUGCAAAAGUUGGUCUGCUAGAAUCAGCUCGCUUAGUCUUCGAUAGAAUGCAUCAUAGAAAUGUGGUCUCAUGGAAUGCAAUGAUCUCAGCUUAUGGCCUACAUGGACUUGGACAUGAAUCAAUUUUGAUGUUCAGAGAGAUGAUACAGUCACGAAUAACCCCAAAUAGUAUCACUUUUGUGGCACUCUUGGGAGCAUGUAGCCACUCGGCGCUAAUCAAAGAGGGAAAGGCCUACUUUGAGAGCAUGGAGCACGAUUACUCAGUUUUAAGGAGUAUGGAGCAUUAUGCCUGCAUGGUCGAUCUCUUGGGUCGUGCUGGGCUAUUAGAUGAGGCCUCGAGGCUCAUUGAGACGAUGCUCUUCGAGCCCGGACCCACUGUUUGGGGUGCUUUGCUUGGAGCUUGUCGAACCCACAAAAAUGCAAGCCUUGGAGAGAGAGCAGCUCACCAUUUGUUCAAGCUCGAACCGAAAAAAGCAGGAAACUACGUACUCUUAGCUGAUAUAUAUGCAUCAUUGGAAAUGUGGGAUGAGCUGGAUUCUGUUAAAAAGAUGUUAGAGAAUGAAGAUUUGUGUAAGAGAACGGGUUGUAGCUGGAUUGAAGUUAGAAGAAGUGUUUAUUCCUUCGUCUCGGCUGAUGAACUAAACCCACAAAUCGAACAGGUUCAUGCAUUGUUGACAAAAAUCUCAACUGAGAUGAAGCAGUCUGGUUAUGUGCCUAAUACAAGUGCGGUGCUCUAUGAGUUAGAUAACGAAGAGAAGGAAAGGAUUGUUUUGGGUCAUAGUGAGAAGUUGGCUUUGGCCUUUGGAUUGAUUAACACUGAGUCAGGGCAAACAUUAAGGAUUACAAAGAAUCUGAGGCUUUGUGAGGAUUGCCACUCUGUGACCAAGUUUGUUUCCAUGUUUACGAACAGGGAGAUUCUUGUGAGAGAUGUGAAUCGGUUUCACCAUUUCAGAGAUGGGGUCUGUUCAUGCAGGGAUUAUUGGUGAUUGAUCAGAGAGAGAGAGAGAGAGCAUGAAAGAUGGAGAGGCCUGCACUUAUCAUUCAUCCUCAAGAGUACAUACUCACCUCCAUGUAUUUAUUUUCUGCAUAUGGUGUUACUAAAGUGAGACUGUAUCACUCUUGGUCUUUUAAGAGUAGUUUUUUGUACGAUAUAAAUUAUUUAUACAGAUGUAACUUAGGUGAAAAUGGAUCUAAUGGGCAGUAUUUGUAACAUAAUCAAAUGGUUGAUGAAGGAUUCAUUGUCAA